CGAUACAUUUGACUCGUUUCGCCGCCUCGACAGGUCUGUGCCCGGACUCUUGCACAACCACACCCGUGCGCUUCCAUUCUGAUGAAACACACGCUCUGGCCGUCCUCUGUAGGUAAAUAGUCGAUGCCACCAAUACACUCGCGCGUGCACGUACGAGAAAAACCUGCUGCUGCUGCUCAACGACGACGACGAGAGAUGAGUCCAUUUCCAUUCAAUACUCGUUCGUGUUCGCAGUCGUCGCCGCGGUAGUCCAACUCGUUGUGGGGUUCUAUUCAUUCUUUUGAACAGUGUGGCGAGCGGAGAUUCGAAUAGUGUUGAGCAGAUUGCUGCGAUGCAGCAUGGAGUACAAUCAAUAGUGGUGCAGUGAUUUGGAGACAUUGAAGGAUACCAGCGUGACAUUGUGGACUACAAUAGCCGAAAGAAGCAUGGAUCACUCGGUCAUUCGAAGGAAUCUGUCCAAAGAUUCGAGCAAAAUAUGCCGCCUGUGUCUGGGCAAGGAGGUGAAGCUGACACGACCCUUUAAGGAUCAGGUCGGGACGAACACGGCGCUGCUGCAGAAGAUCUACGAAUGUACAACCGUGAAGAUCACGCUGAAGGCCACCUACCCCGCGGCCAUCUGUGCAAUAUGCGACACCAAGCUGCUCGAGUACAGCAAGUUCCGCGCCAAGUGCAUCGAAAACGACGGCAUCCUGCGGCUCCUACUAGAUGACAUCGGUGUCGACGGCAAGGAAUCGCCGUCACCGUCGCCGGACACCGCGUCGGCAGACGGAGACGAGGAAGAUGUCGUCCGCGAGUCGGAGGAGUUCAAGGACCUGCAGCUGCAGCUGUACGGCUCGUCGGACGAGACCACCGUGAGCCAGAGCGAGUUUGCCGGGACGACGACGGAUGGGGGGGCGUCGUCGUCGACGGAGGCAGCGCCGGAAGUUUUGACGCCACCCGUCGUGACCAGACCCACGAUAAGUGUGAAGCCGAUUUCAAGCCUGGCGGCAGUGGCGACUCCGCCCAGUGAACCUAAGCAGGAUGCGGUUGUGAGUGGCGGUAAUCCGAAUCAGAAGGAGGUCAACGGUGUUCCGGCGGUGGUUGGUCCUGACGGACGGUUGGAGUGUGUGAUUUGCGCAAGGCCCUUUCGGAACACGUACACGCUUAAGCGGCACAUGAAUCUACACACCGAGGAGAACUUGUUCACGUGUGAGUAUUGUGGAAAGAAGUUCAACGACCGAUCGAAUUGGAAGAUCCAUUUGAGAGCCCACACCGGAGAUAACCUGCUCCGGUGCGCCGUCUGCUUCAAGACGUUCAUCUCGCCAUCGACGCUCAAGUAUCACCUGAGGGCGCAUCGCAAGCUGCAAGUGUUCGAGUGUCGGUUCUGCGCCGAAACGUGCGAAUCGUACGACCUCCUGGCGGAUCACGUCAACGCCAAGCACGGGGACAUCCGGGUUGAUGACUUGGUCGGCAAAGGGGACGAUUCGUUCAUCGCCGGAGACUUUUUGAAGAUCGAAAUGGAAGCGGACGAGACUACGCUUUCGGGCGCCGACGUGGACAUGGACGAACCGAUGCCGGAACCGCCGCCGCUGAUUCCGGCACCAACGGUGAGGAAGGUGGUGCAAGCGCCAGCUACCGUGAUCGAGGAACCUGCCGUGAAGAUCAAGGAGGAGAUUUUGGAUGUGGACGAGAUUGACAUCAAACAGGAACCGGUGGACAAUGAAACGCUGGAACCGGAUCCGGACGGAGUGCACCGUACGCUGUCGUCGAUUUUGCCACCCGCGGAGGAAGAAUCGCCCCCGGUGAUCCUGUUCCGGUGCGAUUACUGCAUGAAGAUCUUCAAAUACCUGUACGAGCUGCGAGUGCACAUGAAGAUCCACAACGGAUCCAAACUCCCUGGUGCUGCGGGAGCCUCGGGAACGCCAUCCAAACCCAUCGUCGACAAGUCCAUCGCGCACACCCCCUCGACCACGUUGGUCCUCGCGCCGGAAGACACGACACCACCACCCGCCAAGCGCGUCCGCCACCCGUCAAUUGACGAGGACGUUGCGGAGUUGGCGAACGCGCCCCUCCCCGAGCACCAAUGCUCCAAGUGCGACAAGUGCUUCCGGACGGAGGAACUCCUCAAGGUGCACAUCGAGACGCACAAAACGGACGAGGACAUUACGCAGGCCCGGUCCUGCAAGGUCUGCUUCAAGACGUUCAAGUGCGAGCUGAACCUGGUCUCGCACAUCAAGAAGCACCACCUGUACGAGUCGUACGUGAGCGAGCAGCAACAGCAGCAGGGCGUCCCAGCCGCCGCAGCGACGUCCUCCUCCUCAACGGUCAACGACAAACCCGCCUCGCCGGACAGCAGCAGCAACGAUGGCGCCGGAACGGCAGAUUCCGGCGCCGAGGGCUCCACCUCCGGCGGCGAUCGCCGGUGCGAGAUCUGCGCGCUCACCUUCAACUGCCCGUACAAGCUGGAGAAGCACGUGCUGACCCACUUCAAGAACAACGAGGCGGUCGCGUUCGUGCCAUCGGCCGAUCGGCCCUACAAAUGCACCGAGUGCCAUAAGCGGUUCAAGCGCAAGGACUACCUGCUCAUCCACAUCCGGACGCACACGGGCGAGCGGCGCCACAAGUGCGACCUCUGCUCGAGCGCGUUCGUGCAUCCCUCGAAUCUGAUCACCCACAGGAAACUCCACUCGAACGAGCGACCCUUCAAGUGUGACCUCUGCUCGGCCGCGUUCAAGCUGUACGCGGGGCUGAAAAUCCACCGCAAGCGGUGCGUGCUCAAGUAUCUCCAGGAGAACAGCGUUUCGAUUACGUAGGCGCGCUGAAUGUUCAAAAAAUUGUAAAUUGCAACAAAUCACUACUUCCCCCAAGAAUUGGUUACGUUUAGAAGAUGUUUUGUGGUUAAGAUUUUUUUCUUUUUAUUUUUUUUUUCGCUUGACAAAAUUUAUUUUUACGUUGACGGCGAUGAGGCAGAUAAGACUUUUAUCCAGCAAACACCCCUUUAAUUUCUCUCGCAAAUGUAUGUUUUCAAUCUGUAUUAGGAUAAGUCAAAUAAUUUUAGUGCGUAUGUGUUUGUGGCAUGAGUGAGCGAGGAAGCGAGCGUGUUGAGUGUCUGGACAAUUUACGUCAAAAGCAUGUAAGGAAAAUUACAACUCUUUAGUUUCGUAGCAGCCUCACGUAAAUGUGGUAAACAGAGAUAUGUUAAAUUGUAAAAAAAUGUCAUAAUAAUUGUAAAAUCAUUCUUCAAGCAAUUUGGGAAUAAAGUAAAGUUUAAAAUAA